AUGGCGGCAGAGACAACGCUUAGAGUUUCGGGUUCGAGUUCAAUAGUUUGUAAUCUAAAUGGGUCUCAAAGGAGGCCAAUCCCUUUUUAUUCUUCAACUCGUUUUCUGGGUUUUCGUCCUCGAGCGUCUUCUUCGUCUGAUUCAGUCUCCUCUUCACUCUCUCAGUUCUUGGGAAGUGUGCGAAUUGGCUCUAGACUUCCCAUUGCACGUAACCAAAAGGGGAAGAAGAUGAAAUUCUCUGUCUCUGCUAUGGCCGCUGAUGAGUCGAAGCGUGCGGUACCGUUGAAGGAUUAUCGCAAUAUCGGAAUUAUGGCUCACAUAGAUGCGGGAAAGACGACGACAACUGAACGUGUUCUAUACUACACUGGAAGGAACUAUAAAAUCGGUGAGGUACACGAGGGUACGGCUACAAUGGACUGGAUGGAACAAGAGCAGGAAAGAGGUAUCACCAUAACAUCGGCUGCAACUACCACGUUUUGGAAAAAUCACCGGAUUAAUAUUAUCGAUACCCCUGGCCAUGUUGACUUUACACUCGAAGUGGAGCGAGCUCUCAGGGUUUUAGAUGGAGCUAUAUGCCUGUUUGAUAGUGUUGCAGGCGUUGAACCACAAUCUGAAACUGUAUGGAGGCAGGCUGAUAAGUACGGGGUACCCAGAAUUUGCUUUGUCAAUAAGAUGGAUCGGCUAGGAGCAAACUUUUUCCGGACACGAGACAUGAUAGUUACAAAUUUGGGUGCUAAACCACUCGUGAUUCAACUACCAGUUGGUGCAGAAGAUAAUUUUCAAGGUGUAAUUGAUCUUGUAAAGAUGAAAGCUAUACUUUGGUCCGGGGAAGAAUUGGGUGCAAAGUUUGAGUAUGCUGAUAUUCCGGCUGAUCUUCAGGAGUUAGCUGAAGAGUACCGGGCGCAAAUGAUAGAAACUAUUGUUGAAUUAGAUGAUCAAGCUAUGGAGAGCUAUCUUGAAGGAGUUGAGCCUGAUGAGGAAACCAUUAAGAAAUUAAUUAGGAAAGGCACGAUCGGAAUCAGUUUUGUUCCUGUAUUGUGCGGUUCAGCUUUUAAAAAUAAGGGUGUUCAGCCGCUACUCGAUGCUGUUAUGGAUUACUUGCCAUCACCUGUUGAGUUGCCGCCGAUGAAGGGGACUGAUCCUGAGAACCCUGAAGUGACAAUUGAAAGGAAAGCAAGUGAUGAUGAACCAUUUUCUGGACUAGCUUUCAAAAUCAUGACCGAUCCAUUUGUGGGAUCCCUUACAUUUGUCAGGGUGUAUUCGGGAAAGCUUAGCGCAGGAUCUUAUGCUCUGAACGCGAACAAAGGAAAGAAAGAGAGAAUCGGUAGAUUGUUGGAAAUGCACGCGAACAGUAGGGAGGAUGUUAAGGUUGCUUUGGCCGGUGAUAUUGUUGCUCUUGCAGGUCUAAAGGAUACCAUUACAGGAGAAACACUCAGCGACCCUGACCAUCCCGUCGUCCUUGAGCGGAUGGACUUCCCCGAUCCUGUGAUUAAGGUUGCUAUUGAACCCAAGACUAAAGCUGAUGUCGAUAAAAUGGCUAAUGGUUUGAUCAAGCUUGCUCAAGAAGACCCUUCUUUCCACUUCUCACGAGAUGAAGAGAUCAACCAGACUGUAAUUGAAGGAAUGGGAGAAUUGCAUCUCGAGAUCAUCGUUGAUCGUCUGAAGAGAGAAUUCAAGGUAGAAGCUAAUGUCGGUGCACCACAAGUUAAUUACCGGGAAAGCAUUUCCAAAGUUUCAGAAGUUAAGUAUGUGCACAAGAAACAGUCAGGUGGACAAGGGCAGUUUGCUGAUAUCACUGUUCGUUUUGAGCCGAUGGAGGCAGGUAGCGGUUACGAGUUCAAAAGUGAAAUCAAAGGUGGAGCGGUGCCAAAAGAAUAUAUUCCCGGAGUGAUGAAAGGGCUGGAGGAGUGCAUGUGUAACGGUGUCCUUGCAGGCUUUCCUGUCGUCGAUGUACGUGCUGUACUAGUAGAUGGUUCUUACCACGAUGUUGAUUCAAGUGUCUUGGCAUUUCAACUGGCGGCCAGGGGAGCCUUCCGAGAGGGGGUUAGAAAGGCUGGCCCUAGGAUGCUCGAACCUAUAAUGAAAGUCGAGGUUGUUACACCCGAAGAACACUUGGGUGAUGUGAUCGGCGAUCUCAACUCUAGGAGAGGCCAGAUUAACAGCUUUGGUGAUAAGCCUGGUGGACUCAAGGUGGUGGAUGCCCUUGUUCCUCUAGCCGAAAUGUUCCAAUAUGUCAGCACUCUCCGAGGAAUGACAAAAGGUCGUGCAUCCUACACAAUGCAAUUGGCCAAGUUUGAUGUUGUCCCUCAACAUAUCCAGAACGAGCUUGCUUCAAAACAGCAAGAAGUUGCUGCUUGAUGUUGUUAAUUAUUUUCUUGGCAUCCAAACACUAUUUUUUGUUCAUAAUAUGAAGUGCAACAUUACUCUUAUUUUUCCCCUUUCAAUUAUAAAUUUCAUGUAUUAGUUUUGGAGAUAAA